GUUUACACUCUGGCCGAUUCAAAAACCUGCGAACCCGCGGAGUGUAAAGGUGGAGUUGGAAAGAGUGGGCAUAUAUUUGCAAGAAAUCGGCCUGGAAAACGAUUUAAAAUGAGUAAUCAGAAGGAAGAACCGAAGAAGGAGAUACCUGAAGUGAUCUAUGACUCGACGACGGGAAGAAAGUACCAGAGAGGAAAGUUUUUGGGGAAAGGAGGCUUUGCAAGAUGUUACGAGCUAACAGACAUGAAGACCAAAGAGAUAUUUGCUGGAAAGAUUGUUGCAAAGUCUCUCCUCGUCAAACAGCAUCAGAAGGAGAAAAUGUCCCAAGAGAUUUCUAUCCACCGUAGCUUAAAGGAUAGACAUAUUGUUGGGUUUCAUGGAUUCUUUGAGGAUUCAGAUAAUGUUUACAUUAUUCUUGAACUGUGCAGGAGAAGGUCCUUGAUGGAACUGCACAAGCGUCGCAAAGCUGUCACAGAACCAGAGACUAGAUACUUUCUGAAGCAGCUGUUGUUGGGUGUUAAGCAUCUCCAUGAUCGCAAAGUGAUUCACAGAGAUCUGAAGCUCGGAAAUCUAUUUCUUAAUGAUGAAAUGGAACUGAAAAUUGGUGAUUUUGGUCUAGCUACCAGGGUGGAUUAUGAGGGAGAAAGAAAGAGAACACUCUGUGGCACUCCUAACUACAUUGCUCCAGAAAUUCUCUGCAAGAAGGGUCAUAGUUAUGAAGUUGAUGUGUGGUCUUUAGGUUGUAUUUUAUAUACUUUGCUAGUAGGUAAACCUCCAUUUGAAACUCAAACACUAAAGGACACAUAUAUGAGGAUCAAGAAAAAUGAAUAUCACAUCCCAUCUCGCAUUGGUCCACUAGCCCGGUCCCUUAUCCAAAGAUUGCUGCAGGGGGAUCCCACUCGCAGACCUAAUGUUGAUAGUAUCCUAGCUGAUGAUUUUAUGACUAUGGGAUAUAUCCCAACUCGCCUUCCAACAUCUUGCCUCACCAUGGCUCCUAGAUUUGACUCAAGAUGUUCCAUUGUAGCCACUAGGAAACCUCUUUUAGAAAUCAACACCAAAGAUGGAUCUCCAAUCAAGGUUGGACUUAAAGAUGGAAUUAAGAAGACUGAAGUUGGUGCUGGAAGGGGCACUGCAACUGCACCCAUCGGCAGCGCCGCUCAGCAGCAGGUGUGCACAGCAAGCAGCCGCAGCACAACACAAGCUGAUGAGCCAACUGACUGUUACCUCAAGGAAUUGUACGCACAGAUUAUCGUAGUUGCUUCAAAGCCCGAUGAGAAGGAUAACAUUAAUGAAGAUGAGAGCGAGGAUCCGGCUGCCGUUCCCAUGAUCUGGGUGAGCAAGUGGGUUGACUACAGCGAUAAAUAUGGUCUGGGAUACCAAUUGUGUUGAUGACUCCAUUGGGUGCUCUUCAAUGAUUUCACCACUCUGUUGCUAGCUGAUGGAGAGAACAUUCACUACAUUGAGCGUUCAAAUGCUGAACACUAUCAUACACUGAAGAGCUACCCAGGAGCAUUAAACAAAAAGGUGACGCUUCUGCGCUACUUCCGUAACUACAUGAAUGAACACUUGUUGAAGGCAGCUGCCUCUAUGUGCCCAAGGGAGGGUGAUGAGCUUGCCCGAAUCCCCUCACUCAGGACCUACUUCCGGACACGGUCGGCCAUCAUUCUUCACUUGACUAAUGGAACACUUCAGAUCAACUUCUUUGAGGAUCACACCAAGAUUAUUCUCUGUCCCUUAAUGGGUGCUGUCACAUACAUCGAUGAAAAGAGGAAUUUCAAGACCUACAGGCUGGCCAGCCUUGAAAAGUAUGGAUGCCGACCUGACCUUGCAAACCGCAUGCGCUAUGCUCGCAACAUGAUUCAAAAGCUUAUGGUUACGAAAUCCUCCACGACCAAGUCCUCCACUGCUUCUUCCUCUGCUGCUGCCCAGCACACUCAGCCCACCACUGCUUAAAUAGUGCAACGAUAAAAGUUACUGUCCAAAG